UGUUCCUUGUUAUUGAGUUUUUGGUUUUUGUAAUUUCUUCAGUAUUAAAAAUUAGUGAAACGUGAUGAUGCUAAUUAUUGAUUUAUCAUCCUCACCAUUCCUUGUGCAUUUUUGAGUUGUGAUUGGAUUUAUCGUCAUCCCGUUUAUUUAUGGUUGCCAAUAACUCGGAGUGCUGGAUGCACAGCCCGCACUUCGCAAAAUGAAUUCGUCAAAGAAACCCGUUUCCUCCAUCCGUGCGAUCAACGCAGAUCCUGAAAUACCAGCCGCUUUUCAGGAGAAUACUGAGAUCUAUUGUAAAAUCUGCAAACGCCGCUUUACCGGAGAACCGUGCUGGAUUCAUGCGAAAACCGUCUCCGAUCGCGUCGUCACACCGUUGGCCGUCGCCAGUCUGCCCGACGUGCUGUAUUUUGAACCCACCGAUAACUACCCUCACAACAAAGCUGUGCAUACGAGCAGAUUCCUCCCGAUAUACACUGUUUUCGGCCCCCUCAUCGCUCCCGUGUCUGCAUUACCGGACACACACCUGCCCGGUGUGACACCGCUGGACAGCAGCCGCUUCGAGAACGAUUACUUCUGCAACUGGAUGAAGUAUGUGCGCGUAGCCGACGAUCCUCGUGACCACAACAUCGCCGUCUGUUUCCGCGGAGAUGAUCUCAUGUUUGUCACCACCCGCCCGGUACGCCCGCACGAAGAGCUGAAAAUGGGUUAUUCGCUGUAUGUCAAAAAGACCGUCGAUACUGCUCCCGUGGCGGGCAUGGAAAUCGAUUUUGAUGCGUUAUGUGAGUCACCGGUUCACGAACCUGUUGAUGAUCAAAUUCAUUGCGCCGGUGUAGCCCUGGAUGUCGGUGAAACUCAUCCCGAUAAUAUUCCUGAAAUUCCGGAAGCGGAUAUUUUAUCGAUUGAGUCUGAUGCAGACGUGUCUCAUUCCAUUCCUCAGGAUAUUCUGCCUUCUACAAGUAGUGGUGGACCAUCUUUUGGACAAUCUGCAUAUGGAGAAGGAUCGUCUGAAAUUUCUGUUGAAGUGCAGGAGCGCUCUGAAUUGUUGAGAACUCCUUGCCCAGAUUUGAAACGCGUGACUCAGUUGUCUGUGUCUGCCGAAGCCAAUCCUUAUCGGCGUCAGUAUGUUACUCGAGGAAGACCUUCCAAUUCGACGAAACGUGACACUGCCUUGACUGCAUCUCGGACUUCUCCGCGUUUUACCAAGUUGCCUGGUGUCGUCAACACUGUUCCUGUAAAUCCACAGGAACAAGGAAAAACUACUCUUCCGAUUUCUCAAGCCAUUAAGGUCAUUUCCGUGGCAGCUGCUCCCAAGCCAUCUGCGAAAAGGCCUGUAAAAGGUGACAAGCCGGCUGCUAAACGUGCACGAAUUGCUACGCCAAAACCGUUGCCAGUAAAGAAAAAUCGGAUUGUCUUGAAAAUUGUUCCGGCCGCAGCAAGCGAAUCGGAUGAAGAAGCGGUUUCGGAAGUGACCGGUCGUUUGUCGCCUUCCGGUGGUUCCCAGGACUCUACUCCAUCGGAUAAACCGCAAAAAAAGAAAAAAUAUGCUUGGCGUAAACCUGACGCAAGAGGCAUAGAGCCAGUGGGUAGGAAGUCCCAUCGGGUAUUCCGGGAAGACUACUAUGCGUUUCUUCACCGAUACCCAUGUCCACAUUGCGCGCUCAAAUUUUACAGUACCAAGCUUCUGGCCGUACACGAGCAUCAGCACAAACCGGAAUCAGAGCGCGCCGCUGAUGAUUUCAGUUUGAAAUGUAUCGACUGCGACCAUGAAGCGGAAGAUAUGAUGGGUUUAUCCAAGCACAUGGAUACCCAUGGCAAAGAAGUGGGCGAGAUAAAUGAAGACACCUUAAAUGCGCUUUCCCCGGAACAUCGAGCGCAUCCGCAUUGCUACCUGUAUGCAUGCGAGAACCAGGAUUGUCAUCGGUGGUUCUGCACGGAGACGCUGCUGAAGCUGCACCGUCGGGAGCAUUAUCCGGCGUUGCCGGUGCCGUGCGACUCGCUGCAGUGUUCGUCGUGCGAGUAUCUGGCGAAGGAUGUGGAUGAUCUGGCGCGGCAUACCACGUCGCAUGGAGAGCGCAUUACCACGCGGUUGCAGUGUCCGGUCUGCCUGCACGUCGUGGAACGACUGUCCAAGCAUGUGCAGAGGAAACACCCCGAGUUUAUCCAUAAGGUGUCGCGGGAUUUUCCUCUCGGCUGUGAUCGAUGCAAUAGCCGGUUCGUGACGCAUUACACGCUGGAGAAACACCGGGAAUUCUGUAAAAGAAAACUCAACCAGUGCUACAUGUGUUCCAAGCAAUGCACGUCGCGAGCGGAAGUGAUGGAACACAUAGAAUCUCAUGUAAUUAACGGAAAGUAUCCCUGUCCGAGUUGUGAUCUGCUGGCAGUCGCCUACGAAAAUGUUACGCGGCAUAUAAAACGGAGCCAUAAUGCAGCCGGAGUGCGGGUGUGCGAGAUCUGCCAGCUGGUGGUCAAAUCGUCGCGCCGGCUGACCGUUCACAUGAAAACCCACGAUCCGAGCAUGGACUUCCUUUGCGAUCAGUGCGGUAAACGCUACAACACCGCGGUCAGUCUGCGGCAACACCGGCACUAUGUACACGGGGAGAAACUGAAGGCCAAAAUCAACCGGAAAAAUCAGGAGAAAAAAGAGAUGGGAAUACCGCUUAAGAAGCUGGCUAAGAAUGAAUUGGCCUUGGAAGAAUACCCGUACCGCUGCGAUAAGUGUCAGGUGGGAUUGCUCAAGCGGGGAUUGCUGAGGCGGCAUGUUCAGGAUAAGCAUAAAGACGCAGUCUCCGACUCCGAGUGAUAGGUUUCAUUCGUGCUACGGUUGUACUGAAAUUUGUUCUGCUUCAGUCAUCUGAGGACGAUCAUAUGUUCCUUCAUUCGUUGGUCUUGUUUUUAUACUCAGCUUAUUGUUUGGGUUGAACAAUAAUUAGGUUUUAUUUUGCUUGGUGUUUACUUUA